AUGGUGUAUGGCAAGAAACCUUAUAUUGGAAAUUUGUACUUGCUCGGAUCAAAGGCAUAUAUAAGGAUCGACACUAAGAAAAGUGAGAAGAUGGAACCGAGGGCUCAAAUCGGAUAUCUUGUUGGAUACGAGUCUCAUAAUAUUUGGCUAAUUUGGACAGAGGGACCACGAGGGACCAAGGUCAUUCGAGCAAGGGAUGUUAUUUUUAAUAAAAUGAAGAAUGAUCAGAAUCAGGAUGACAACAUGGAAAUCAACGACGUACAUGGCCAGCAAGAUAAUCAGUUAGUUCAAUUUAACAAUAUCAAAAAUAAAGUCACAUUGUAUGGUGAUGAACCCAAAUUUGACGAAUCUAGGAGGGUGACUGGUGAGGAUAGUGGUGAGGAAGAAGCUCAACAGGAUGAAGGAGCAGAGCGAGAGAAUAUGGCUCUCACGGCCGGAACAACUACUAGUCCGAGUGGGAUUCCCUCUAAGCGUGCUCGAAGCCCAGAAAUAGCGACAUCUAAGGCGGAGAGGAAGAGGCACCAAGCCUUUUUCGCGAGAAUAAAGUUAUUGCAAGAGUCUUCAGCGUAUAAAGCGUUUUUAGCAGCCGCAGAGAAACUUGAUGGGUAUAAGCUGCUUCAUAAAGAUAUCCCACCAGAGCCCAGAAACUGGAUAGGAAGAUUACAAAGUUCAAAGCACAAAUUUGUGUCUAAGGAGACUUACAAAAGGGUAUGGAUUUGGAAACACGAGCAGCAACGCUUGCCGCAAGAAUUUUUAGAAUGAUGAUAGCAUUAGCUGCAGUUUUUGAUCUCAAGAUUGUACAACUUGAUGCAAUCAACGCUUUUGUCAACAGUGACCUGGAUGAAGAGGUAUACGUUUAUUUUCCAGAUGGCUUCAGAAUUCCCGGAAAAGUCAUACGAUUAAGGAAAGCGUUAUAUGGAUUACGACAAAGUCCGCAAUUA